CGAUUCCUUUGAUUUUUCAAGAUUUCGACAGCGACAUUUCCCUCCUUUCGAAAAACCCGGAAGAGGAUGUCGUCUUUCCGGCGCGACCGUGGAUCGAUCGAAUGUCAAGAGGGUCGGUGACGCCACCGACACCUUCCAUGCCACGACCGACAACUGACACUGUAUCACCGAGCGGGAUUCAACCCAGCACACCAGCAGCAGCCAGCCAUGAUGACGCCACCGCCGCCAUCGACCCCUGUCUCUCCCCUGCUUCUCCUCCUCCUGUUCGUCCUCGUCUCGUCCUCCUCUGCUUCGCUCUACGACACCUUCCUCCAAUGCCUCCUCAACCACACGCAGGUGCUCCAGCAGCAGCAGCAGCAGCAGCAGCAGCAAGAGCCCUCCCAAAUCCUCCACUCCCCGACCAACUCGUCGUUCCCGACCCUCCUCGGGUCCCUCAUCCGCAACCGCCGCUUCGGCACCUCCUCGACCCCGAAGCCCCUGCUCAUCCUCACUCCCUCCCAGCCAUCCCACGUCCAGUCCGCCGUCCUCUAAGCCAGGAGGACCGGCACGGAGCUCCGUAUCCGGAGCGGCGGGCACGACUUCGAAGGUACCUCCUACGUCUCCCGCGCCCCUUUCUUGUUUCUCGACAUGUUUAAUUUUCGGUCCGUCGAUGUGGAUGUCGAACAAGAGACUGCUUGGGUCGGAAGCGGAGCGACUGUAGGGGAAUUGUACUAUAGGAUCUGGGAAAAGAGGG